UUUGUUUACAUUGUUUGGGGCGCUUUUUAUUUUGAUUUGCUCUGCCUAAACAUAACCGCGCAAAGCAGAUGGACACACACUACUCAAGAAGAACAUUGCAUUGGAUUGGAAUUGCACACAUUGGUUGGGCGGGAUUAUAUUGACAAUAUUGGAAAAACAAUUCCAAAAUAACCCAUCAUACAACGAUCCUGCAUUAUACAACGAUCCUGCUUCGGCCUAAAUUGUGAAAGACUCCUUAAGUCGCGUUUUAAGCAUCAUGCUACUUUCAAGACAGAUACGAAUUUUAACCAAGUUAACUAUAAACCAAUUAAAAAUCACACAAAAUGUUGGCGGUCAGCGUUUCCUGAGAGGCGGAAGACCCAAGGUAGAAUAUCAGGCCUUACCCAGCCCACUUAAUGAACAGAAACCAGAUCCCGUUGAAAUGGCCAAAAAAGAAUUGGCCGAGCUGACAGGUGGCAUGGAUUUAAAUGAAUUGCAAGCAAUUCUCGAGCCAAAGAAACACAAAAAAUCCCAACUACCCACAACACAGCUUAAGGAAGGCGAAACAUCAAACGAAUUACAGAAUGAAGUGGAAACCCCACCAGGUCUACAGCCCACCUACAACUUGGCAGCCUAUGUCAACAAAUCAGAAUUGUUGCAGAAUUUCAUAAAAAUGGGUGUCGAUUUGAGUUCAAUAGAAAAACGUAAAGGUUUGGCACAAUUUGUGUUGAGCCUGGAAAUGGAAAAGGAUGUCCAUCCCAGAUUAUUGUUCCUACAGGACCAGGGUGUACCGGCAGAAUUGUUCGGAGAUUUUAUAACCAAAAAUCCUUUAAUAUUUAAAGUCGACAUGGACGAUAUGCAGACAAGAGUUAAUUACUUGGAAGCGAAACGCUUCUCCAAAGUGCAAAUCCAAAGAAUCUUGACCCUAAAUCCCUUUUGGCUGAUGUUCUCCACGAAAAGGAUUGACAAGCGUUUGGGCUAUUUUCAAAAGGAAUUCGCCCUGAGUGGUGACGAUGUGCGGUAUCUUAGCAGUAAACAGCCGCGUUUGAUAACGUACAAUAUGCAGCAUUUGGCCGAUGCCACGUUUUGUGUGCGCGAAGAAAUGGGCUUCACCAAGGAGGAAAUCAAAGUGUUACUCUUAAGUAAACCACGUCUAUGGAUGUUGAAACCCGAUGAUCUAAUUGAACGUUUUGCUUAUGCCCACAAUGAAAUGAAGCUAUCCCACCAAAUGCUGUUGCAACAACCGGAAAUAUUAACUUCGCGGGAGUUCCGUUUGCGUGAACGCCAUGAGUUUCUUAAAAUGUUGGGUCGUGCCCAAUACGAUCCGGAAAAGGAUCUCUAUAUUUCGCCCAAAGCCCUGGUAGAGGGAAAUAAUCAUCACUUUGUUCGAAAAGUGGCCAAGAGUGAUAUGGAAACGUUUGAAUUGUUUUUAAAAAAUCGCUAAAACUAAAAUGCAAUUUGUUAACUAGGUCUAGUUUAGAAUAAACAUUUCAUAAAUCUAUAAUUAUUGAAAAGAAAAAAAAUGUUUAAAAAUAUAUGUAAGGUUUUAAAAUGUAAA